AUGUCCGCCGGCAUCGUCUACGAGGGCGUUCGCCGGCAGGACGAGGUUGACGAAGACGAGGCACGCCAUCCUGGAGCAGCAGGAUCUCAAGCGCAACGGCUCUUCUCAGGCUUGAAAUUGUGGUUCUCGCAUGGCGUUCCCGCACGAAAAUGGCUGAUGGAUAAUGCGGAAGCCAAUGGCGCCGAGAUCGUUCCUCUGGAAAAGCAGGCCGACGUUCGUCUUGUCGAUCAUGCCAGGCAGAACCAAGCACCAGGAACUCAUUCAUACCGAUUCGUCGAGCAGUCAAUCCGGACUGGAGUCCUGGAAGAUCUCGAAGCACACCGCGUUGGCGUCACAGCACGUGUUGACCGGCCGGUAGGGAGUAAGGUCACUGGCCCUAGCGGUAAGCGCAACCCAUACACUGAAGAGGAGGACCAGUUUCUUUACAACUUCGUCAAGCCCUUUGAAUUGAAAGGCGGUGCUUGGAAAGGCAACGAAAUCUACAAGCAAAUCGAACGCGUGCGACCCAGACACCCAUAUCAGAGCUGGCGAGAACGAUACAUCAAGUAUGUCAGAAACUCAAACCGCAGCAUCACUGCCACUGUCAGCCAAGACGAUGGCAGUAUCGUCCCACAGAGCGUGGAGCUGGCUGAAUCGCACCAGCAACCGGCCACAGUCGCGCCCACGCAAGCAGUCUCACGAGCCAGCGAGUCGUCGCCACGGAAACGUCAAAAGCUGGCGAACGGCUUCGUUGAACCAAAUGAGCGACCUGUUCGAGCAAGAACGCCUACCGCGCCUGGUCCUAGCAAUGGUGACACCACUCGAGCUCCCUCUCCCACUUCUCCUGCCCACCAUAUGAGAGUGUCUGUCCAGGUACCCGUCCGCAGUCCGGCUAGGGCCGAGCGUAAUGAAGGAGCGGAAGACGUUCGGCCAUCGCAGCAACUUGCACGUAUGGAUGCGAAGGCUGUGACCGUGACAAGUGCUGAUGCAACCGAGCCAAUCCUGGUCCCUGUUCUAGCUACGCCACAGCAGCACCGUCGGCAACCUUCUCCAGAGCUCUUGACUCCAGAUAGUCAGAGAGAGACUCCCCUUACACCUGAAGAGCAGAGGAUACCAGUCAAAGCUCCAGACUUCGUCUUCGGCAACUUCAAGAAAAGACACUUUAGGGGAUUGUUUCGCAUUACCAAAGACAUCGUCGAAUAUGAUUCUUCGCUAUUGGGUGGUGCCUUCGAUCAAGUAGCUGCAACACCUGCAAACAAGGACCUUGGACAUACUGGGCGCGACUGGCGCAUCUUUUGGCAAUUCCAUGUCUUGCCCGUCUGGCUUCAGGAACAAGGAAAAAAUGCUCCUUCGGUGAGCCAGGAUAUUUUACUACCAGCAUUCCAACAGUUCGAGCUCUCAAAGUCUAAGCGACCUGAGCAACCUGAAACUCACAGCGAUGAUGCCGAGCACGAAGAGGUGCAGCAAGCUGAGGCUGAGCCUGCGGAACAGCCGUCACAGCUUGUCAAUGCUGACGACGAAGAUGCGGAGUUCGAGAAGGUUGCCUGUACCCAUUGCUUCACGCAGGAAAGCAACAGAUGGAGGCGCGACAAGAAGGGCAAUCUGCUGUGUACCGAUUGUUGGGCACUGAUGAGAGAAGGCCGCAUGCGAAGCAUGUCCGGAGGGCAAGUAUUGAUAGUGGAUAUAACCGACGAUCAACAGGACGAGCGAGUCGCGGAGCAACUUUUGACACCCACGAAAAGUACGCCGGCAAGAUCUCGAAUCACAGUAGGCUACUCGGAUGCGGGCGUACAGACAUCACCGCUGCGAUCUCCAUCGCCUGAGCUUGCCAGAGCGACGCACAGCCAAAUUGACAGUUCUUUGUCACAACCUGCGCCGAACGAGUCCCGGAAGCGAAGUGCUGGUCGAACAUCGCAAUCUACUUCGCAAGAAACCAAGAAAUCCUCCCAGCAGGCUGCUUCUUCGCAAGGCGUUGAUGGAGUGCAUGAGGUUUCCGUGGAGCAGUCGUUCACGAAGGUGACAGACACGCCUCGCAAACGCCAGGUUCUGCUCGAUGAUGUUAUUGAGAUUCCCUCGACCCCCGAGCAGGUGAUCGAACCAGAAGAUGACAUUGGACAUUCAGCCAGACCACCUCUCAGAGAGCUACCAGUAUCCAGCCCGGUAGGCUCGCCAUUGUUCUUCCCAGAAGAUGAUCGUGAGCCACCGCCACUGCCUGCCCUUGCGGAAGGCUCACAUGUCUCCUCUCAGCCUCUGAACGUCAGACUCCUGAGUGUCCGUGCUAUGACCGAAGAGGCUGCACAUUCGGACAAAGAGAAUGACGAUCCCAGCUCCGAAUCUGUAUAUGCAUUCGAGACUGCGCCAAACAUUUCACAGGAUUGGGAUACUGCGCCAGAAGAGCCAGAGCCACGCCGGGAACGUGCUACCACUCAGGCUUUGUUCGAUGCAACUGAGCCAGAAGCUGAUAUCUCUCUCCUCGAUCUACCUGAGCCAGACGAAGGCUGGGCCGUGCUUGACGUUCCGCUGCCAGAAGAGGAUGAGAUCAAUGGCGCCGGACAACCCUCUCCAGCCAAAAAGAAGGAAUUUGAGGAGGUCGAGAUAUCUUCAGAUGAAGCAGAGGACGAAGACAUUCCGGCCGAUGCAAUGGACGCCUGGCUGGAAAGCGAGAACGAAAAGCACAAGGAUGUGAGAGGCUUGAAUAGGAUGUUGUCGACGGCGAUUGAAGCAACAAGUAUGAACUUUGAGCUCGCAUCCGAGAUCGUGGUGCGGAUGGUGGCCUACAGCAAGACGAAUCACUGGCGACGAUUGCGAAGGGAAGGUGGAAGUAUCCCGCCUCCGAAUGACGUUCCUGGAUGUUGGACGGAGCAAGACGACAAUCUGCUGAUGAGCGAGGUCGAAGAGGAAUGGGAGGCGGUGCUCGAGAAGCAUGGGUUAGCUCAUUGCGAGGCACGCCGGGAGUGGUUGGAGCAGUCCACUGAGUCGUAA